UACAAGCGGAGCAGCCGGAGGACGGUUGCUUGGUAUAUUAGCAAGCGGGAAGUAUGGCGGUGGCGCGGGUCGACCCUGCUUUGCCUCCUGGAGAAGGAUCAGUGGUCAAUUGGUCAGGGCAAGGGCUACAGAAAUUAAGUGCAAACUUACCCUGUGACGCUGAUAUUCAUACUUUGAUUCUGGAUAAAAAUCAGAUUAUUAAAUUGGAAAAUCUUGAGAAAUGCAGACGAUUAAUACAGUUGUCAGUGGCUAAUAAUCGGCUGGUGCGGAUGAUGGGUGUGGCCAAACUGACCCAACUCCGGGUGUUAAAUUUGCCUCAUAAUAGCAUUGGCUAUGUGGAAGGGCUAAAGGAACUAGUACAUCUGGAGUGGCUGAAUUUGGCAGGAAAUAAUCUCAAGGCCAUGGAACAAAUCAAUAGCUGCACAGCUCUACAGCACCUCGAUUUAUCAGAUAAUAACUUAUCCCAGAUAGGUGAUCUAUCUAAAUUGGUGUCACUGAAGACCCUGCUUUUACAUGGAAACAUCAUCACCUCUCUUAGAAUGGUACCAUCUUAUCUACCUAGAAGUCUGGCUAUUCUUUCUUUGGCGGAAAAUGAAAUUCGGGACUUAAAUGAGAUCUCUUUUUUGGCAUCCUUAACUGAAUUGGAACAGUUAUCGAUCAUGAGCAAUCCUUGUGUGAUGGCAACACCUUCCAUUCCAGGGUUUGACUAUCGGCCAUACAUCGUCAGCUGGUGCUUAAACCUCAGAGUCCUGGAUGGAUACGUGAUUUCCCAGAAGGAAAGUUUGAAAGCUGAAUGGCUCUAUAGUCAAGGCAAGGGGAGAGCGUAUAGGCCUGGCCAGCACGUCCAGCUCGUCCAGUAUCUAGCUACGGUCUGUCCUCUCAUGUCUACACUGGGCCUUCAAACUGCAGAAGAUGCCAAACUAGAGAAGAUUCUGAGCAAGCAGAGGUUUCACCAGAGGCAGCUGAUGAACCAAAGCCAAAAUGAAGAGUUGUCUUGUCUUCCUCCUACUGAAACAAGGGCCCCAGACCAUUCGAGCCCUGUUCAAGAUUGCCAGAUAGUCCAGGAAAGCGACCCCGUCAUCCAAGUCAAUUCUUGGGUUGGGACAAGCAGUAAUGAUGAUCAGGUAUAUGCUGUUAGGAGUAACUUUCCAGCCUCUGUACACACUGCAAGGUAUUCUCGAAAUGACCUGCACCUGGAAGACAUACAGACAGAUGAGGACAAGCUGAACUGCAGUCUUCUCUCUUCGGAGUCUACUUUUAUGCCAGUUGCGUCAGGACUCUCCCCAGUAUCACCUACAGUUGAGCUGAGGCUACAAGGCCUUCACUUGGACCUAGACGCUGGUGCAGAUGACUCGGUGAAGGGGCAGGAAGACCAGGGCUUGGAUAAAGAAGAAGAUAAAGCUUUUUGGGCUGAAAGUGAGAAUUCUGUUCAGAUGAUGAGAAGUGCAGUCAGUGCAGAGGGCAGUGAGGAAAAUGGGCUGUUACCUUGUCCUGAGCUAACAGGAGCCAGUGCUCUCUCGAAAGGGGGCUCCCACAGUGUGUCAUCUUUUCCUGAGUCAGUUGGACCUAGUGUCUUACAUACAAAACCAGACAGUGAAGAAACCAUGUCUGAAGCUGCCUCACAGGAACUUCCGUGUGGAGUCUUAACCCAGAGAUCUGUUGCUUUGGGACAAGAUAAAAUUGCUCUUCAGAACUUGAAUGAAGCAGCCACCACACUGCAGGCCUGUUGGCGGGGCUUUUAUGCCAGAAACCACAACCCUCAAGCUAAGGAUGUGCGCUGUGAAAUCCGGCUGCGCAGGAUGCAGGAGCACAUUGUCUGCCUCACCAAUGAAGUAAGGAGAUUAAGAAAAGAAAGAGAUGAAGAACGUGUUAAAAAUUUUGUACAAGAAGAGGCUGUCAGAUUCCUUUGGAACCAGGUGAGGUCUCUACAAGCUUGGCAACAGACUGUGGACCAGCAUCUGAGUUCCUGGCAUACCAGUGCUCCACCUGUAUCAAGUACUCUGGUGCCAUCUGAACCUCCGUUAUUCACCCAAAGCCAGGAGCCCUCUUCUAAUCAAAAUUCUGACUGGUUCAUUGCUCCUGAUGAAGCUCUGCAAGAGAAAUCCUUACCAGAAUUUCCAGACUCUGGUUUUCACUCCUCCCUAACAGAACAAGUCCACUGUUUGCAGGAUUCUUUGGAUUUUGAAAAAAGUUCCACAAAAAGCAGUGAAAGUUCCAUAAUGGGGAAUUCCACUGACACAGUCAGGUGUUGCAAAGAGUCAGAUGUAGCCGAUGUUAGCGAAGAAAAUGGUGAGUGGAGUAAGGAAAGCUCAAACAGUGAGCAGGAUAAUAAUCUGCUUGAACAGUAUUUAGCUUCGGUUCAACAGCUAGAAGAUUCAGAGAGGACAAAUCUUGCUGACGGUGCAGGAGAUGCUUCUAUAGACGAUACUCAUGGCAUAUCUCCUGCUUUGCAAGAUGAAAUCAGCCAGACACCAGAGAGUUGUAAAUUAAAUGCAGAAGGUCCAGGGCAGCAGUCAGAGUGUGACUCUGCAUUCCAGGUAUUGCAUGUAGGUAUUACUGUGUAGCAUGUCUGGUUGCCUCAGAAGCAGAAUCCACUUAAUUUUUCUUAAGAACAUUGUCAGUUGCCUUUUCUUUUCUUUUCUUUAUUUUGAAGGGGAAUGGGAAUAUUUCCCCCGAUUUUGUUACUAUUUAUAUAGAAUUUGUAUUCUUGUCUGAUUUUCCCUUAUUCUAGAUACUGAGGUCAAUCUUCAUAUUUAUUGGGUUAGCUUUUUUUACUUCGCUGUAAUGUAUCAAACAGUAUUUAUGUCGGAAGCUGUAGGCACCUCAUUUCUUAACAACAGGAUUGCAUCAGCAGUGUUCCUGUUUUUUUAUGUAUUCGUGUCCUUUUAAAUAUAAACUAGAGUAUCUUAAAGAAGAUAGAAAAAUUUACCUUAAAGAUAUAACUAAGAGCAUUUUGACUCCUGUGUGAGGAAAUUAAUUGGUGAUGAAGAAUGCACUCUGUUAAAGUGAAUGUAAGUAACGUAGGAGGGUUGUGAACUGUUGAAAUUUGCCAGCCUCCUUGGAGGAAGAGCCUGUGUUUUGAAGCCUUUUUCCUCCUUUAUGAGGCAAGGAAAGCCUUCCUAUAAGCAAUGGGGAGUGAGGGCAGCCGUUACAGGAUUUCUCAAUGGGAGUGAUUAAAUUGUCUCCUGGCAAACCUUAGUUCAUAUCAUGUAUCAGUUUUAACACAUGAAGCCAAAUGUUCCAUCCAUAAUUAAAAUCAAGCUUAUUUAAAGAGGCAACAUAAGGAUAUUUCUCUCAGACAUGAAGACAGCAGACACUAAGCUCCGUUCAUUUGGAAUAAUGUCACGGCGAACAUUACCGCCUUUUCAUUUAGUCCUUUAUUCCUCACAGGUAAGCAUUUGUGUGCUAGUACAUGUGUGUUCAUCUGUGUUCCCGCUGCGUAUUUGCAUGUGUGUUUUAGCAGAAGGCCCAGGUCUUUUAUUUCACUUUUGACCUCUGCGUCCUAAUGGAGAACAUUUAAAGUAAUAUUAGUGGUAGACUAUGGUAUGUUGACUUUUUUUUUUUUUAAGAACUAUUUUCUAUCUAAAUCUCUGAAAAAAGUGCCACAUUUGGAAGACAGUUCAGCAGUGACUAAGAAGAAAUAAACCUCACUUUUUUUACUUGUUAAAAAGGAUAUAUAUCUGUAACUCCAGGAAGAAAUGAUAAUACUGUGUUUGAAUGUUACAGGUACAUAUAUUCGCAAAUCAAGGAUAAUUUUUGGAAGCUUGAUAUUUUAAUCUUUGAGAAUGUUCUAAUAUCAUUGAACAAUUCAUAUCUGAUUUCCCCCAAUCUGUGGACAUACAACUAUUUAAAACUAUGGCAAUACUUAUUCUCUAAAUUUAGGUGCUAAAUACCUAUUUAUUAUUCUCUGACGUCACUAGGUCCCCUUCUUUGAUGUUUUAUACAAUAAAAACUUCUGAUCCUUCAAAAAUAAGGUCAGGGAUCACUUGAUAUACUUUGUUGAUAGUUAGAAAUAUUUCUCCAGUGUGGGUAAGAUGUAUUUUUCUCUCAGUUUAUAAAUAUGUAGCACUCAGGUUAAGAAGACUUGAACUUCAUUCUCAGAAAUCCAAAAUCUCUUGAAAAAGAAGUAUUUUCUGUCUCUUAUAAACUGAGCAGCAGUCUUAUGUUCAAAAUAUUUUUUCUAGUGAAGCUUGUGUAACGUAGAAAGCAUGUUAAAUAAAAAUCGAAUUUUUUGCUUUUUGAAUAAUGCUAGUUAUCUUUUAUGAAUGAUUUUGAAAUUCUUAAAUAUUCCCUAUUUUUCUAUUUUACAGUUAAGUGCCUCAUUUGCUGCCCAUUGUUAGACAAAAAAAAAUCAACUUGUACUUCACUACUUGUACUGCAAGCAGAACCCAAAGUGCUGCUUCAUGGUCAUUAAUUUCUCAUUAAAGCCCCGGAAAUGUCCUGCUUCAGUAUUGCCUAAGUGGGUUAUUGCUGCCAUCUUGUCCCUCUUAACCUUUUUUAAGAAACAGGAAAACACAACUAAAGUCAUUUGAACAUGAGCAUUUGUCAGUAACAUUUUCUUUUUUACCUUUGUCUUGUUUUUCUAGAUAUAAAUAGUAUUCAGCAUACUUUUAUUUUAAAAUUGACAGAAUAUGAUGACGAUUAAUAUUCUGCUGUCCAUUCUAUUUAACUUUACGAGUGUUUUGAAGUGCAAGAAUAUUAAGUAGCCCCCUACCUUAACUUUAUAGAUUAUCUUGAAUGUAGAUAGAAUGAAAAUAAUGUAAAUUAGAAUGCAGGAAAACUGGCAUACACUUAACAUAUUUUAAUAGGUUUACAGUGUAAUUUAAAAUAAUUUAUCUAACUAAGAUAUUAGGUUUUUAACUCUAUGGGUUGUUCAUUGGUCUGACUAGAGAGGGAAUGGUGAGCUUUAACACGGUCUUUGUGUUUUUCUUACAGGAGAGAUUUAGUUCCACUGUGCUAUUUUAGUUCAUAUUAGUUCUCUUGAUUUAUGAAAAAAUCAAUGUAUUAAGUAGAUACUUCUGCAGAAGCACAAAAUCAUACCAUGUGAGAAAUGGAAGGAACCUCUGGAGAUUAUUCUAAUAUCUUUAACAAUGAAACUAAGGCACAGAGAGGUUAAAUAAUUUCUCUGAUGUUAUUGCUAGUUAGUAGUAAAUAAACUGAAACCUAAAACUUAUUGUGUUCCCAAAGUUUGUUAUACACUCUGUAUUAAUCUUUACAUUUAAUGAGUCAGUAAGAAAAUCUCACAUAUUUUCCAUUCUCUUUGAAAGAGAACACAAAUUUCUGAGAGCUAAAACUCUGCCCCUCAAGGCAAAGCUGCUUGUACAAAAAACAAUUUGUUCAGAACCCUGAGUGAAUUUUCUCUAAGAAAUGUGAUUUGAUUAAAAUGGUUUUUAAAGAGCAAUAGUAGAAACAAAAUAUUUAAAGGAAUAGCUGCAUCUUGGAGUCCAUUUACUUGAUGAGAAAUAUAACAUGUUACUAAGAUAUAUAAAAUUUUCUAGUGAAAUGCUGAGUUUGAUUAUAUUUCAUCUUCAGUUUUACAGAACAACAGAUGUUAAAGUUUUAUCUCUCCUGAUGUGCAGAAAGCUCCAAUUAUGACAGUUAAUACAUAAUAUAGUUUGUUUUUAUAAGUUUAAUUAUAAAAGGCUUAGAAUGUGCAUGUUUUAGGAAAACCUCACAAGUAUUUAUAUAUAUGCAAAUAAUUAUAGUCUUGAAUGAUGUGGAUUCCAUUUUUGAGUGUGGAUUUUUCUUUUGUUUCCAAUUACUUUAAAUAUACAAACACCGUAAUGGUGGAUUUUUCGGUUAUCCCCUUAAGACAAGUCUAGUUCCACUUUUUAUAAGUAUUUUCAAAAACAAUAUGAGCUUAAGAAAUUAUACUAUCUUCCUUGGUACCUUUUUGAUGCAAAUUCUUAGAAUUGGAUUUAUAACAAUAAUAUAAAAUCUUUUCUGGAGAAUUAAGCCCUAGUAAAAAGGAAAAUAUAAAAUGAGUCUGAUCAAUUUCCUGUUCAUAAAUGAAAUAAAAAGAAACUUUAUUGUUUAAUGUAUAUUUUUAUUUUGCCAUGCACCUUAUUAAGGGAUAUCUAUUAUAUUGUAAUAUUUUAACUUUUAAAUAUAUGUCCCUCUCAUUCAUGAAGUAAAGCAGAAAGAGUCUGCAAGGAACGUUGUAAACAUUUUUAGUGAUACUGCUUUUACUGAUCAAAUCUGUUGUGCCAUACUAAAAUUAAAAGCCAAGUAAAGAAAGCAGUCCUCGCAGCAUAGAGAGAAACAAAUAAUUGUCUUUUUAAAAUGAAGUGCUUUUUAUUUGUGAAUGAAUAGAAAUCAUACUAAAUUUUAAUUUCUUAAUUGAUUUUAGUGAAUAGCUAGCAGGAGUCCCUCUGUAGUAACUGUGUUCAUUUUCUAAUUAAAUAUCUUUGAGUGUUUUGUAAUAAUUUUAAUGUUAACAAGAGUUUAAAAAUAAUUUGCUUUUUGACUCUUUUUGGGUUUUUCUUUAAUUUUCUUAAAGAAAUAGAUGAUUUCAAGGGGUUAUGGUCUGUUUUAUGAAGGCUUCAUAUUUUAUAUUGUACCUAUUUAAUUUGUAUUUGAGUCUUUAAUUCUAAAUAAAAAGUUUGUACAUUUGA